UUUCUUUCAUGAUUGAACCUCUGUCUUUGUCAGUGUUGAUUAAUCUUAAUAAGCUCCUUCCUCGGCACUAUUACAGAUGAUAAGAAAAAGCUCUCUCCUUGCCCAAUUUGCUUCCAAUUUCUUCUUGUUUCUAGGACAGAAUUUCACUACAAUACCCUUUGCUACCUUUCACAAUGGUUCAAAAUAAUUUUUGAUGAUUCCUAUGCUCUUAAAUUUGCAUAGAAUAAAUACGCGACCCAGUCAUCACACUGUGUAGUACUUUUAAAAAUCCUAAAUUCUUGGAAGAAGUAAUGGUUUGAAUCCAAAGAAGAUAUAUUAUGCUCCUAACCUCUCACAAAAUCCCCAAUAUCAACUCCUUGAGGUACAAUCGCCAAAUCAAUCUCUUCUCAAUAAUACCACAUAAUGUUUCAGAAGCUUAAAGAAAACAAACAGUCAACGCUAAAACAAAAUACUUCCUGCUUAUCUUUCCAUGAUACAGAUUAGAACUAUAAUCCCUUAUACCACUGACCAUACUCAUCUAUUAUAUCUAUCUCUAAGGAGUACUUGAGUUUGCUCAAAUUUCCAUCCAAUUCCCCAAAUUUCCCUCCAAAAAUCACCAUUUCAUCAUCCCCCCAAUAGUCUCUAA